UUGAUUCCUUAUGAAAACUGAGUUAAAAGUGUGACAAGCUAGCAAUACAGACAAAUAACUGCUAUACUUUUACUGUGGAAUUGUGAUCGCAAAGUUCAAUCUCAGCGAAAACGCUCAUUACGUUUGCGUAUAAAAGCGUUCAGAUAGUAACAUUUGUCUGACAUCGACAAGGUUGAUUACAACUUAAAUAACAACAGGUUCUCAUAAAUCAGAGCCAAAGCUACUGAAACUGCCACCUUUUUCGCUGUCGCCGCUGUUUAUGGGAUAUUUAUUGCAUUUCACUGUUUGAUCGGUCAGGAUUAUUGGGUUUCGGUUACAAUGAGUUUCGAUUACAAGGCAUACGUUGACGGCGGAUUGUUGAACGAUCGGUAUUUGAAAGUCAGAGAUAUCAGUGAAGGCUCUUUUGGAAUUGUUUCGCUAGCGAAAGACGUCAAAGACCAUGAUAGGCUUGUGGCACUAAAAUACAACACCACAUGCAUUAGCGAUUUCACCUUCGCGGAAGAGGAGGAUGAAAAGACAGUUAGCAAAUCGGUAGUUUUGAAGGAAACACAGAAGGAAAUUAAUAUGCUGAAACGGGUUUCGGGCCAUCCCAACAUUACCGAACUGCUGGAUUGUUUCGAUAGCUACAUUGUGCUCGAGUACGCUUCACGCGGAGACUUGCAUGAUUCAAUUCAAAUGGGAGUUGCUCCAGCGUGCACUAGAGACGUGGUUGAUGUUUCGUUGCAGCUCUUGAGUGCUGUGGAGUACUGUCAUAGCAUGGGAGUUUAUCACCGAGACAUUAAACCCGAGAACAUUUUGAUCUGCGAAGAUUGGUCCAUCAAACUCACAGAUUUCGGCUUGGCCACAGACGAGAAAUACUGUACCGAUUUUGAUGUUGGUUCCGAAAGGUACAUGGCUCCAGAGCUGUUGGACCAUAAGGAUAUCGAUACAUACAGCGCGGACAAGGUGGACAUAUGGUCAUUGGGAAUUUGUUUGCUGAACAUUGUUUUUGGGAAAUCGCCUUUUAACUCAGCAAGCUCCAAGGACCGCUUGUUCCUGCAUUUUGCGGCAAAUAGGGAGACUUUGUUUGACAUAUUUCCCGCAAUGAGUUACGAUUUAUUUUCAGUUUUGAGAUCAAGUUUGACUAUUGAUCCUGAAAACCGCGAUCUAGAAACUAUGAAGGACUCUUUGCUUAAGGUCGAGCAUCUCACGUGUGACUUUGAGUUUGAAGAGGAAGAAUCUGGAGCUAUUGAAGAGAAGCCUACAGAAGAAGAGGCUACUGACAGGACUUCAGACAAGGAGAACCAGAAGGAGGCUGCUGCGAAGGCCAGCGACAAACAAAUGUCAGUUCCUAGACCUAAGCAUAAGGCAGGCCAUCCAAGGAAGCCGCUUAAGAUCCCAAGCAUGCGAAACGUCCGGCACAAGUCUCAUAAUGGUCGGAUAAACAAGAGGGUAAACAUUCAACAUGAUGCUCACAAUAAUCAUUAUUUGGAUGAUUCAUUUAGGCGUGCUGACUUCUUUACUCCGAAAACUGUUUUUAAUCAUUAUAUGGAAAAGGCACAGAAACCUAAACACCCUCAGCAAAGAACGUCUUCGGAGAACGGCAGAUUUUAUCGGCGCAACCCCAACCAGAAGAACAGAGCAUGGAAGAAAAGAAAGCAGAGGAAUUAUCAUGCCAAGGAUAACCACAGGUCCAGGAAAGCACACUAUAAGUCUAGAAGAAGUUCUGAUACUUAUUAUAGGGGAUGCAAUUCUUUGGGACGGACACCUGUCACUCCAAAUAGCGAAGGCGAUAAUUUCUUGACAUCUGCAAAGUCGACUGGUGGAGUCAGACCUCGAAGCUUUGUGAGUCAUGCGGGUAAGUACAUUCCACCAAAUCUGCGGCAAUCUCCGAAAUCUGAAGUUGAGGAAAAUGUGUUUGAGUCGGAAGACGAGAAAACCAGUGGUGAUGAUGAUUUGUUUCUCUUUGAAGAUGGCGAGCACAAAUCAAGACCUUCGAAGAAUGCUCGCAAAUCGUCCAAUGCAAAAAAAGAAGUGUCGAACUAUCCUUCUGUGCUGGGUGGACAACUAGGCUUUUUGUCAAAGCAACUUGGUGAAGUGUCUUUGACUGACAAUGCAGAGCGACAGAAUUCCAGGAACACCUCUUUGACAACGACGUUCUCCAGCAACUUCUCGUCGUUUGGUUCGAACAUAACGAGCACAACCACUUACGACAAGUAUAUCCCUCCGCAUCAGCGCCGCAAUUCCCACUCUUCUGUGUUGCAAGCCGGAGGUAUUUCGAAAAAACCCGAGAACGCAAACCUAUACGUGUGA